AUGGCUGUUGUCUGAUCUGGGGGUUGGGCCGCGAAGAGCGAGCGGAGAGUUAGAGUUUUUAAUGUCCGCCAUGUUGGCCAUGGCGUAUUGAACCAGAGAGAGAGAGCGGAGCGACUGAAAAAAGAGACCGACAGAGAGCGACCAAGAUCCGGGCCUUCCCGGCUCCGUUCGCAACGCCAUAUUUUUUUAACCAGUAUAGUGAUUAACUACUGGAGAAAGACAAGGACUUAUCCAUGAUAACUCAAGCCGGGACAGUUUUAAAUUUUAGGGGAUCGGAUAGAUUUACGCUGAAUCUUGAAUUAUAAAAAAAAAUGAGUAAAUUGUCGUUUCGGGCACGGGCGCUGGACGCUUCCAAGCCAUUACCCGUCUUCCGCUGCGAGGACUUACCCGACCUGCACGAAUAUGCCUCUAUUAACCGGGCAGUGCCGCAGAUGCCAACUGGGAUGGAGAAAGAAGAGGAAUCGGAACACCAUCUCCAGCGGGCAAUUUCGGCACAGCAGGUGUAUGGAGAGAAACGAGAUAAUAUGGUUAUUCCCGUUCCUGAGGCAGGAAGCAACAUUGCCUACUAUGAAUCUCUCUACCCUGGGGAGUUCAAGAUGCCAAAGCAGCUUAUUCACAUACAGCCUUUUAGUCUGGAUGCUGAGCAGCCGGACUACGACAUGGACUCAGAAGAUGAAGCGUUUGUGAAUAAGCUGAAAAAGAAGAUGGAGAUCACCCCUCUGCAGUUUGAGGAGAUGAUUGACCGUCUAGAAAAGGGCAGUGGCCAGCAGCUGGUGACUCUCCAGGAGGCCAAACUGCUGCUGAAGGAGGACGACGACCUGAUCCGAGAAGCGUACGAGUACUGGAUCAGGAAAAGGAAAAGCUGCCAGGGCACCUCUCUCAUCCCGGUGGUGAAGCAGGAGAAGCGGGAUGGCUCCAGCACGAACGACCCCUACGUCGCCUUUAGAAGGAGAACGGAAAAGAUGCAAACAAGAAAGAAUCGGAAGAACGAUGAGGCAUCCUAUGAGAAAAUGCUGAAGCUGCGGAGAGAUCUAAGCCGAGCCGUAACCAUCUUGGAAAUGAUCAAGAGGAGAGAGAAGAGUAAGCGGGAGCUGCUGCACUUGACACUGGAGAUCAUUGAAAAGAGGUAUAGCAUAGCUGACUUUGGUGGAGAGAUUAUGGCUGAGGUCUUGGCACAGCGACAGCUAAUGAAACCCACAUACACAUUGCCCAUUAUUCCACUAUCAAAUAGCAAUCAGUUUAAGCACCAAGAUCACAUGGAGCUUAAAGAAUAUAGACCUAAUAAGCCAGAGAAGACAGAAGUUCGGACAAAAAGGAAAUACGAGAAGAAGCCCAAAGUCUUACCUUUAUCCACAGCUGCUGCAACUCUGCAAACAAGCCCUGCUGCACUGCCGGUCUUUAAUGCAAAGGACUUAAAUCAAUACGACUUUCCCAGCUCAGAUGAAGAAUCUUUCCCCCAGAUCCAUUCAGGUUCCUCGGAAGCUGAGGAAGAAAAUGACCCAGAUGGUCCUUUUGCUUUCCGUCGGAAAGCAGGCUGUCAUUAUUAUGCUUGUCGAUCAGACCGAACUGGCAGUUGGCCCUGGUGUAGUCCAGAGGAAGGAGGGUUAGCAGACGUGCGCUACAGAUACUGCCUCACUACCCUGACCGUACCCAGGCGCUGUGUUGGAUUUGCACGACGGCGCAUUGGACGGGGUGGAAGGGUCUUGUUGGACAGAGCACAUACAGACUACGACAGUGUAUUUCAUCGGCUGGAUCCGGAAAUGCUUGCCUCCCCACAACACUCUCCCAUUGACAAGUUUGCCAGUACCUCAGAAACAAAUACCUCGGACAGAAAUCCCCCUAGAGACCUCAAUCAGAUACUAUUGAACAUUAAAUCAUGUCGAUGGAGACAUUUUAGACCCCGGACACUACUCUUAUAUAACACAGAGAACACGGAAGUAUCCUCAAGGAAACUGUACAGGGGUUUCAAUCGAACAGCCUCAGCACAACCUGGGACCCAGGGAGGCGGUACCUCUCUACAAGACAGGAGUGGUGCCCGCUCCACACCGAUUGUGGCAUUUACAGCCGAACAAUACCAGCAACAUCAACAGCAACUAGCACUGAUGCAGAAACAGCAGCUUGCACAGAUUCAACAGCAACAAGCAAAUAGUGUAUCUGCCUCCAACAGUACACAGGGUUUGGCGUCAAAGACGCUGGAUUCUGUCAGUGCCCAGUUUGCUGCCUCUGCUUUGGUGACAACAGAGCAGCUGAUGGCAUUCAAAGCAAAGGAAGACGUGGUGCUUGGAAUCGGAGUCAAUGGCAUCCUUCAGGCCUCAGGAGUAUACAAGGGCUUACACCUCGCUAGUUCUUCACCUACUGCUCUUGUACAUACUAGCCAGUCUUCAACAACUGUGGGUUCCACCUUUCUACAGCCCUCCAACAAUUCACAGACUUCAAGUUCCCAAAGUGCACUGAGUCACCAUGGGACUGCUGCCAACUCGACAACUCAGGUUCUGAUUGGGAACAGUAUUCGAUUAAGUGUACCCUCGUCAGUAGCUGCUGUGAACUCCAUUGCCACUCUCAAUACACGCCAUAUACCUAGGACUAUAAAUGCAGUUCCGGCAUCUGCCUUAAAGUUGGCUGCAACAACAAACUGUCAAAUGCCCAAGGUUACAGCUUCGUCCUCCAUGGACAUUGUACCAAGGGAAAACCUUGACAAAGACAAGCCUGCACUUAGCAGUAUAGCGGACAAUACAGUGGCCAUGGAAGUGACGUAGUUUCCACAGAGACAACACCUCCGCUUUGGGAACUCAUUUAGGUGCUAUGCAUCAGUAGCAUUGUGAAUGCACGGGAUGGCGGAAUGCAGCACAUUGUUUCCAUGGCAGCAGUUGGGACUUAAUUGCAAUGCUCAUCUCUCAUGCUUUCAUUUUUUUUGUUACUGUUAAGAAUUGACAUCUGUAAAUUAUAAAUAUGGCAAUUAUAUGUACAGUGCUGCAUAUUUGUAAUACCCCUGUAUAUACGUUACUUGAAUACAGAGCUGUUCAUUUGUGAUGUUUUGCACUUGGGUGGGGGGGGCAAAUAAGAAAAAAAGAAAGUCAAGAGUGUGAGAGGUGAGAGAUGUAGAGAUGAAAUGGGUCCUCACAUCAUGUGCAUGGUGUGGAGCCUGCUGUUUUAUCUAUUUAUUGUGCUGUGUUUACAGUUUUUUUUUUUUUUUUUUUUUUUUUUUUUUUUUUUGUACACCUGUACCUUUAUUGGUUCCUGUGCUGUAGUAAAUGUGUUAGGUAGCUGUGGACUCCUCGGUAUUUUGUAUAUUGUGAACAUGAUUAGGGCCCUCUUUGGGUCCCUAAGUUUUCUGUGUAUCAUGUGGAAUUAAUGGUGACAUACAUACAGAAUUGUGUGGGGGGGGAGGGUGGGGUGGAUGGAUGAAGGCAUCAGUUUGUUAGUGGGUAAUGUAUUACUUGGUGGGAUCUUCCAUUUGUAUUGUCCCAAGACAAGUAACAAGCUAGAGGUGAAGUCUCUUACCAGAAGCAAACACAGCUUCUGAUAUUUAAGCACUAUAUAUUGUUUAUUUUUUGCUGCUUUUAAUAUAUAAUUUCAGUCCCUAGUGUUCAUGGGGAAAAAAAGUCCUUAAUACCUGAUCGCUUUGAAAUUAUUUUGGUGCCCCUCCCUCAUUUUUUAAUUUUGUAGAAUUUGUUGAAACAAAAAAAGCAGUUAUUUUUGUAUCUUUCUGUUCUUGUGAUAAUGAUUGUAUGCUCCUUGUAUUCAAAGACUUCAUUCUUUUGUUACUUGUUCAUAAAAAAGGAUAUAAGGGAGAUGAAUGCAGUAAUUGCUGUACGUGUAUCAUCAUUCCAAUUUCUAAAAACAGCCAGCUUUUCCUUGUAAAAAUUCUCCAGAAGGCUGCAAGGCCAGAACCAUAAAUAUCGGGUGCCUUCCUUUGGAAAUAUUGGACCUCUCUUCUGUGAAGAGCAUGGUACUUAACACACUACUAUUAGUGCUUUGUCAGUACCUGGAUUUGAAUGCCCAAUCCAAUGGCAGAAUUUAUCCUUGAGGUUUUCUAAUCCCACCUGGAAAAAAAGUAAUUGUGACAGAACUCUCACAAACAAAUAAACCCCAGGGCAUUAUAUGUUGACCAGCA